AACAAACCCUUCUGGAAAGAUAGAAAGGCAGGCUUGGUUAGCCACGAACAAGCUGGAACUUAGCAGAGGGCUGUCAGUACUGUCAGGGGACUGGCACAGCUCAGACUCUCACCAUGCUUGCUAUUGCAACUUGCCUGGUGGCUAACAUCUGCUCAGCAAUCCAUCUCUGGACUCUGCUUCUCACUCUUCUUACCUUGCUGCUCCUUGCUGACUACCUCAAAAACAGGCGCCCCAAGAACUAUCCUCCAGGGCCCAGGCGCCUGCCAUUUGUGGGCAACUUGUUCCAGUUUGAUUUAGAUGUGUCACGUCUGCAUUUGGGGAUCCAGCCGUUUGUGAAGAAGUAUGGAAACGUAAUUAGCGUGAAUUUUGGUUACAUUUCUUCAGUGAUCAUAAGUGGACUGCCCUUAAUCAAAGAAGCUAUCACUGGCAUGGAACAAAACUUUUUGAAACGCCCCAGUUUAGCUGCAAGGCAACAUGUAUUUAAAAAUAAUGGCAUUGUUUUUUCUAGUGGCCAGACAUGGAAGGAGCAAAGAAAGUUCGCACUGACAAUACUCAAGAAUUUUGGAUUAGGGAAGAAGAGCUUGGAGCAGUGUAUACAAGAAGAGGCUUACCAUCUUGUGAAGGCCAUAGGAGAGGAGAAAGGACAGCCUUUUGACCCUCACUUCAGGAUCAACAAUGCUGUUGGCAACAUCAUUUGCUCCAUCAUCUUUGGGGAGCGCUUUGAGUAUGAUGACAAUCAGUUUCAGGAGCUACUGAAGUUAGCAGAUGAAAUCAUAUGUUCUGAGGCAUCAAUGAUGUCAGUGCUCUACAAUGUCUUCCCAUCCAUAUUUAAAUAUCUUCCUGGACCACAACAAAAACUGUUUAGCAACUGGGAAAAACUGAAAUUGUUUGUUUCCCGUAUGAUGGACAGUCACCGGGAAGAUUGGAAUCCUUCUGCACCAAGAGACUUCAUUGAUGCUUUCCUUACAGAAAUGACAAAGUACCCAGACAAGACUACUACAAGUUUUAAUGAAGAAAAUCUCAUCUGCACUGCUCUGGACCUCUUCUUUGCUGGAACAGAGACAACAUCUAACACACUGCGCUGGGCUCUCCUCUAUAUAACUGUUAACCCAGAAGUGCAAGAAAAAGUACACUCUGAGAUUGACAGAGUGAUUGGACAUGGGAGACACCCAACCUUAGAUGACCAAGACUCCAUGCCCUACACCAAUGCUGUCAUCCAUGAGGUGCUGAGGAUGGGCAACAUCAUCCCCUUGAAUGUUCCCAGAGAAGUAACAGCUGAUAGCACACUGGCUGGAUUCUACCUGCCUAAGGGCACCAUGGUUCUGAUCAAUUUGACUGAUCUGCAUAGGGACCCCAAAGAGUGGGACACUCCAAAUGUCUUCAAUCCAGAGCACUUUUUAGAGAAUGGGCAGUUUAAGAAGAAAGAAUCCUUUCUGCCUUUCUCAAUGGGAAAGAGAGCUUGCCCUGGGGAACAAUUGGCCAGUUGUGAACUGUUCAUUUUCUUCACUGCUCUUAUGCAAAAAUUUACAUUCAAGUCCCCAAUCAAUGAGAAGCCGAGCCUGAAGUUCAGAAUGGGCCUAACACUUGCCCCAGUCAGCUACCGGAUCUGUGCGGUCCCUAGAUUGUGAUGCUGGAGCAAAAAGGAAGAAAAAGAACAAGAAGAAUUGGAGUAUGCCCUGAAGAUUCUUGGCCUUGCUCACAUAAAAGGAGAAAGGCAUAACAGAAUGAAGGAGAUUCAAGAAAUACUGAAGAAAUUAGGCUAAGAAAUUGAAUCAAAUAUCUGGAUUCCUGGUGCCUAAAUUUGGCAGUGAGAAAAAUCAGUUAUGAUCUCAAUGGCAUAACUUUCCAUUUAAAAGUUUCAAGGAGAAUGGUACUUUUUCCCUAUAAAGUAAUUCGUUACAUUAAAUUAAAAAUAAAUUAAAAUUCAAAACUAAA